AUGGUGGAAGGUGUUUCGAGGAGUAGAAGGUUGCAAGCACCAUCAGCUCCAGAUAGCAAUAAUGUAGCUGAAACUGGACCUUCAGACACAGUACAGCCUACAUUCAGACCAAGAAAUAGUAGGCGACGCGAAGAAACUCCUCAGAAAGAUGUCACCCGCACUAGAACCAGAUCGAGGUCAGAGGUUGUUCCAACUCCAGAACAACCUCAAACUCCAAAAAACGAACGAUUCGAUUUGAGAAGAACUCGAACGCGCAGUCAAUCUACUGUUACUGAAUCUACUAACAAGGAUGCUUCACUAACAAGAGAGCCAGUGACAAGGUCAAGAUCGCGAGGUGGUAGCAGACGACCAACGACAGCCCCUGCACCCACUUCACCACCUCUAGACUUGACUUCUCCAAACAUUGAUGAAAGCAAAAUCGAAGUUAUCAAUUCCAAUCUAGAUGAUAUAACAAAAAUCCCAAAAGAGGACACAGCAACCUCGCAAUUUAGACGUAGAACCCCUGCAGUUCAAACAACCGAGAAAGCUACAUUAAAAAGAUCGCGUGGAAGAGGUAGUACUCGUGCCAAUGCCAGGUCACUAGAUCUGGAUGUAUCGGGCACCACCAAUACUUUAAAUGUAGCUGAAAAAGCGCCCACAACCGCUAGGACUGCCCCACAACCAGAUUUGAGAAAUUCCAGAAAACUUCGGUAUAAAACUCGUCCUUCGGAAACUGAUACGAAUUUAACAGGUGAAGGGCUCGUUACAGCUAACGAAGUCAUAAAGUCUAGUCAGAACAAAGAAAGUGUUACUAGUCAAGCAGAAAUUCAAAAUGCUGCCCCAACCGCUGUCGAAACUAUUGUUCAACAUAUUACAGAGGCGAACAAACCUAAGUCAACAACUCUAAAGGUUACAAAGGUAGUAAGACGACCACUAGGGAGAGGAAAGAUGAACUUUAGACCAUCUGUGUCUUUGCCGAAAGUUUCAGUUUCUGAUGAAAUAGCCGAGGAUGAUAACUAUCCAGAAAGUUUCAAGGCUUUGAUUCAGGCUAAGAAUGCAUCGACACAGGCGAGCUCUCCGACAGAAGAGAGCUUAUCACUGAAAGCAUCACAAAAAGUUUACAAAACCUACCCUGCAUCAUCACAGUCAACACUAACUGGACCUGGCACAAACAAAUAUUCACGGUUUCGCAACAAACAAACAGCAGCGGAGGAGCAAAAAAACGACGAUAAAGAAGACACUAAAGGAGCUGAAACAACUGUAGCUCCUGAGGUGUCAAAACCUAGGAAUUCAGAAUACAAGCCAAGAGGAACUUAUUCUGCUCGAGCUAGAAAAUCUACAUCAAGCCCUUCCUCGACAACAGCAAGUACUAUUUCAGGCCAAAGUACCGAGAAGCCAACGUACAAGUACAACAGAAAAUUUAAAGCACCAAGUACUGAAACACCUAAAGCUGAAGUUAAUAGCAAACCGGUUGAAUUAAGCAAUAAUUUAAAAAAGACUUUUGUUCGACCACCAGUUUAUUCGAGAAAAUUAAAAGGAAAGACAUCAACUGAAGCUUCGUCGACAGAAACUGUGAAAAUUGAAAAUCCAAGCUUCACCAAGAAAAUGGUUCUGCCUCGCACAUCUUAUUAUUCGAGGCUAAGGAAUAACGUUAAAAAUGAGCUAUCGUCUACCACCGAAGCUGUUGUAGAAAUAACUCCUGAAUCAGCUCCUACAACAACUUCGGAAACCGUUGACGUUCCACUAGUUAUCGCGUUACUAAAUAAUUCCGAAGAUAGAAAAACUGCGAGGAUUGAUGCUCAACCAGAAAAUAAUGAUAACCACAUGUUUCUCAUAUCAGUUACCAGUAAAGAGUCCACGGAAAACAACACAAAUAACGACAUAAUUAAUACGGCAGAAGAAUCAGAAAACAUGCCUAUUUUAAAUGUUUCUCCAACAGCUUCGUCAAGGCUAGACAGUGAUAAAUAUAGAUAUCACGCUAAUUAUAAAGAUCAAAAUUCAACCAAUGACCUAGACAAAGAAAAAGGUUCGUCAACUGUAAUUCCACCAGUGAGAAAUCUACAAACUAGAAAAUAUGGACGAAGCCGAGUCAAAUCUAAAGAUGGUAAAUCGGAUGUUGCAGUAACUUCUCCAAAACCUAGAGAAAGAAGUAUAAGAAAGUUCAGCGAAUCCUUCUCAAAGACGACGGAGGCCUCAACUAAUGGGAUAACACCUGAACCUGAUAAAUCUAAGAGUAGGUUCAGUUCUAAAUACAGAGCUUCGUAUAUUGAUAAACCAUUUUACAAACCCACUGUUCCGACUAUUACAUCAUCAACUGUUGAGGGAGAAGAAAUACAAUUAGGGCCAGACCUGAACGCUAUUUCCUUUACUCAAACACGAAGGACAUUGUCCUCGGCAGACCUAAGGUUGUCCGAGAGUCUGGUGAAGCCCUCACACGUGAUGAACGUUGAGGCAUCACACCACUCGCCAUCAGUUACAGUAUCUAUAUUUGAUGCUCUAGCUGAAAUUCUCACGUCCACACCCAAACCACGAAUCUCGUCAACAACCGAAGUAAUGAAAAUACAAAAACUUAAUACUGAUGUUAAACAAGUACUCGACGGCGUGAGUAGCAACGUUAAUGUAAAUAGUGUCCAAGACUUAGCGGGUCAGGACACAUUUAUGUCGACCAACGCCGAUGUAAGCACUACUAUUAAAUCUGUACAGCCCACUGUUCAAGGCACACCAAAUGUGAUUAACAGUAUUUUGGUCGGGGGAACUGUUACACAGUCACUAAACAUAGAAGAUGGAAGUAAAACUCCUGUGAAUACACCACAACCCACUACUCCCACACCCACUCCCACAACUCCUAUUUCCGCAAGGAAACCAUUUGCCAUUAGAGUGUUAUACUCUGAAACAGAACCGCCAAAAGACAAAACCACGACUACAUCCACACCAACUCAGGGAUCGACUGACAGCCCAAAAAUGGUAUAUAACACUGUGUCUGAUCUUUUGUUGUCAAAUAACAAUUUAGUAUCUUCUGAACUAACUAGCAUGUUGUCAAAUAACAUUAUAAAUAUUAUAGAGAACAUGGAUGAAAAUAGUAGAUCAAAACUAAAGAGUUUAGAUAUGGCUAAAGUAUUAAAAAGUUUGAUUCCCCGAGCUUUAGGUGGACUUGCGACUGUACUUGACAAUGCAGAUUCAAUCCCAAACACAACACCUUACAGUUUGGAGGAUAUUAGGGAUACUGCAAAUAUUGUAAUAGAUGGCAUAGAAUCCAAUAAUGACCUCCAAAGUGUAAGCACUGGCGGUAAUGUAAAUAUCACAGUAGAUAAUAGAAAUGUACCCAUUAGUGUCACACAAAAUCCUGCAACUGUAAAUAUUCCUAUCACGCCGGGAGCUGUAGAAAGCACGAGAUCUAUUUCUAGUAGCCAGGGGACGACGGCAGCUUCAACUUCUACAACAACCGCUAGUGUAGUACGGUCUACGUUCGAUGUAACACUAACCACAGCUGCUGCUACGUCUCCUGUCUCCUCAGGAACGGACUCAUUAAAUGUAGAUUUUAUAAGUGAAACAAGUGACUCUACUAACAAGAUUGUUCCUUUACCUUUUCUCACAAACUUCCAAAGCGAUGACUUCACUGCUGGUGAAUCUGAUAAUUUAUUCAGUGCUGCAACAACACCUAUUCUUAAGUCCUUAUCCCUUGUAUCCUCGUAUGUAUCACCACCACCGCGUGAUAUUGACGGAAUACAAGAUCCUAGUCAAGUAUCGCGGUUACAAUUAUGGGUACUAUCAAAGAAAGCUAGAGUAUUGAAGAUGAUUGAGGAUAUUAUACGACAGCACAAUGACGAGUUAGCAACACUACCGCCAUUGACUGAUUUCGUUAGCCCAUCUGGCAGCAUCAACUUGUCAGAACGUUUAACAAACAUAAUGAAUACCAUGAUAGCCUCGACUGAAACUGUGACGACUCGUGACAUUGAACCUACUUCUCCUAUGACUACCCCAUCCUUUGUUACCAACCCUAUGCCCACCAAUGUGUUCGAAACUACUACAACUAGCAACACCCCAACUCUCCUUACAACUACGACGGAGACAGUAUCAUCAAGUAAUGCGCCAUCUACUAGUGAAACUGUCUUUGUAUCUUCACGUUCGGGUCGCACCCAAGCAAUCGAUGGCACGACGGGUUCGUCUUCUGACACUACUACAACUGAAACUAGUGAAACAAUCAAUGAUGUAACAAGUACCAUGUCAACACCAACUACGGAUCAGAAGGUCGAAAUAUUAAGUCGACUCCAAGAGGCUGCUAUCACAACAACAACGAUCGCUAGUUCAGAAACAAUGGAAACUACAACAUUAGUAGCCGACACCGAGACUACGACACAACAAAAUGUAGAAACAACUAGAUUCAACAUAGACACCACUACCUCUACCGACGCUUCAGACAGCAACACUUCACAAACAACAGUUAGUACUUUAAGCGUUGGAACAUCAGCUAUUCCGAAAAAAGACUAUGUUAUAUUCGGAAUAUUACCUAACAAUACAGUGACGAAACAAAUACGUACGGAAAAGCCAGGGGAAGGUGAUGGAAGUGCCGUAUUUAAAUUCAUUCCAAUUGACGAAGUUACGGUACCGCCACAAAACUCAAACGUAUUGAAACUGGCUUCAACUAAAACACCACCAUCGACUAAUUCCGUACAAACUGAGAUACAAACCAUGUGGACAUCGUCAGUGACUGAAAUGAGUACGCAGACACCACAAAUACAAACACAAGAAACAACAAUGAACGAAGGAACAACAACUCAGAGGACAACAAUUAUGCCUGAAAUAACGGUUAUGUCGUCUGCAUUUACAAAUGCUCCCGCUACUGUGCCGACAACCAUGAGCCAGCCGACUACUCUACCUCCUACGACAACUACUACGUCAGCACCUACCACUACGACAAUGGAGCCAACAACGACAACUACACCGGCGCCAACAACUACAACCACAACUACAACUACUACUCCAGCUCCGACAACUACAACAGUGGCUCCGACAACAACACAGGCACCUACUACGGCACAGGCAACAACGGUAGUCCAAUCCACUACUAUUAGCGUAGAAGAAGAGUUAAAGAGAUAUCGAGAAGACGUUCAAUUGCUACAAACAUUACUGCAAGCUACGGGUCGUGAUCCAAAAAAUCUAAAUGUUAACUCAUUAUUGCUAGGUGACCUAACCACUACAUUAAGACCUUUAACCACAACUACAGCACCCACUACAACUAGGCCACCUACAACGACAAGAGCACCUACUACAACUCAAACCACUGAUCCGGUAAAGUUAUUGCAGGCAUUGUUUACAAAUCCAAUCAACCCCACAACACUUUCGAUUCCAAAUGUAAGUGGCAAUUUACGAGCAUCAACUGGUCAACAAGCAACUACAACAACAAGAUCUAUAGAAGAAGACAUUAGACAAUUUGAGGAGGACACAAAAUUAUUACAAGCCCUUUUACAGGCUACUGGACAGAACCCUGCUUCUUUAAACAUACCCGCCUUAGAUAGUCUAACAACCGUAAGAAUCCCAACUACACAAACAACUAAUAUCCCAACUACAACAGCUUUACCAACUACUACUACUACUACUACUACUACUACUACAGUAAGACCAACAACAACAACUCGGCUAACAACUACAAAUAGGCCAUCAACAACACAAAACAUUGAAGAUGAUAUAAAACAAUUCCAAGAAGACACGAAACUUUUACAGGCUCUGUUACAGGCGACUGGUCAAAACCCGAGCACUUUAAACAUCCCAGUAAUAUCUGGUGUAACAUCCAAUGUAAGAAUAGCUUCUAAUCCUCAAACAACAUCGUUGGGAUCGAACCCAACAACACCGUUAAAUAUUAGGCCCGUAUUUGCAACAACUAAUGGUCCAGUAUUUCAAACAUUUGCUCCUAGAACUCUUACAACUACAUUACAGCCUGUGACCGAUGUUGGGAUUUCCACGACUUUCACGCCUUUCAAUCGUGAAAGGCUGACGACAACCAUAAGGAGUGCUCCAACAACACUGACUGGUCGUCGUGCUCCUUUCACUGGAUUUACUUCAACAACAGAAAUGCCCAGUUCGUCUACGUUCUCUGUUGAAGAGGAUUUGGCUUUCUUGAAGAAUUUGAAAACAGUUCUGAAAACAAACCCUAACAAUGAAGAUCCUGAAGCGGCUUUAGCGAAUCGUAUCAUAGCACUAGCUGUAGAAAGGAGUCUCAAUGAAAUACAAACAGGCACGGGCGAAACAGCCCGCACGGGGAAAAAUAUAGCUGUCAGUGGAAACAACUUGAUACCUUCCACAAAUAGACCUGCAACAACAACUACUACACCUUUGCCAACAACAACAACAACAACGACAACUACUACUACUACAACUACACCACGUCCAACAACAACAACACAAAGACCAACAACCACACAGAGACCAACAACUGUUAAUGGACCAUCUAUCGAAGAUGAUAUUAGACAAUUCCAAGAAGACACUAAACUUCUUCAAGCCCUACUUAAAGCCACUGGACAAGACCCAUCCAAACUCAAUUUGCCUACACUACCAAACUUAAAUGUGAGUCCUAAUCUGCCAAAUGGUGUCAGUGAUGAUCUGAAACUGCUCUCAAAUCUACUAGCUUCGCCAUCACCGUUGAACGAACCGUUCGAUCCACUAACGCCGAAGCCAACUAUUAACUCAAAUGUUAAGAAAAUUAAAAACACAGCUCUGCCCUUUGGAGCAAAAAUAGCUGUUAAGGAUAAUUUGAAAAAUGAUCAGGAUGAUGAGAAGUUGUUACAAACUUUGAUCAAAUUACAGGGCGCUCAGGAGACCACGACUCAAAGGAGUAAACUCACUAUCACUGGACAAUCUUCCGAUGAAGCUCUUAAGAAACUGAUUCAGCAGACUCAACCGGCGGGAAUGGUGUCCGAAGCAACGCGAGCGCCCAUUUCUCUCAGCACCGAGUAUGGCAAGAGCAACGACGCGUUGCUGGCAGCUUUGCUGAAGGAGCAAGGUUUCGGUCCAACCACGGCAAGUUCUUUGGAUGAGCAACUUCGACUCGCUGCUUUACUCAACCAAGUGGUAGUGACGCCGAAGGCAAGACGGACGACGACGCCGCCGCCACCGCCACCUCCACCACCAGCACCGCGGAGGCCAAUUUUAGAUGGAUUGGCCUGGCUCUGGCAGCAGUGGAGGGAGACUGCUCCGGGAUCAGGAGCACCAAGGCCGAACAGAAGGCCUGAGCCUGCGCCCUCAGCCAGACCCGCCCCAUCAAUAUCGUCAGCGCCGACGAGCAAUAGGGGCAACUGGUUUGGCUCUGGGCCCUUCGUUGGGAAUGCUGAUGAUAGACCAGGAAAUAGAAUACCCCUGGAGCCCCCUAGAGCCGUGACGUCUCAACAAGAACCUGGAAGAGGUCAGCUCGUGUCAGCAGCUAUUAAUGUGACCAGAGCCUUUUCACAGUUCCUUGGAGCUGCGAUACAGGGUGCGGCCCAAACCGUACAGAGUGUGAUCCGGGCCGGUCAGCGAGCCGCAACCGAUGUCUAUAUGAACGGAUCCGGUAAUUCCGGAUAA